AUGAAGCUAUCCGGCGCCUUUGUCGCCUCAUCGCUGUACUGCACCGUCCUUGCAGCUCGCCCCACCGUCAGUCCCGAGACUGCGCGUCUGAUCAUUGCCCAGCGCCUGGGCCUAUCGCGAUUCCACUCUGUCGAGCACCCCGACGCCGAGACAAUCAGACACAUCAACACGUACGGAGGAAGGCACCAGAAGCUGUUUGGCGCAGACGAUGCAGAGCAAUCCAAGGCGCACCUGCUGAUGUGGGUGGAGGGCGCCGAGCAAGAUGAGGCAACAGUCAUCAUCAACGAUGGAUCAGACCGCACACACGACUUUGCGAUAUCGAGUGCGCCAUCUAUCGAAGACAAUGAGCGCCUGGUCAUGGACUUCAUAGCACAAGCCAAGUCGCUGCCGGCACUCUCAGACCCCCAGCAACGGACAUACACGUCCAACUUCGACAUUGAGUCGGCGCUCCCACCGAACGAGAAGUCGGACGCUUACAAUGGCUACCUCAACAUCUGGACCACCGGCGCGAAAGACGACCUAUCGACCGAGCAGAUUGCCCAGGUGCUGAGCAGCGUCAACAAGAAGGCCGAGGAGACGGGUUUCUCCACGACUGUCGUCAUGAUGCCGCGUUCAGCCAAGUCCAAGUCCAAGCGCGCUGCCCAACCGUGGGGCGCCUACGAUGUCCCCUCCAAGGAGGCCCGCCGCCAGAACCCCGAGGCAAUCCUCUCCUCGCAGCCCGUACCUGCUGUCUCCAAGGUGCCUGACCUUGAAGACUUCCCCGUCGUCAUUGCGGCCGACAACAAGAAGGGACCUGUUCGCGGUAUCCUUCCUAGCUGCUUCAAGUCCAUGUCGGCUUGCGAGACUCAGACCCACAACUGCUCCAGCCACGGCGAGUGCAAGCUCCUCCACAAGGGACGUGGAUCCGGUUCUGAUCAGGAGACAAUUGACUGCUAUGGAUGCGCCUGCGCCGCUACGGUCGAGCACAAAGACGGAAAGGGUAUGGAGGGCCAGAGGAAGGUCACCUACUGGGGCGGCCCCGCCUGCCAGAAGAAGGACAUCUCGGUUGAGUUCUGGCUCUUUGCCGGUGCCGGUGUCACUCUGGCAUUCUUGAUCUCUGCUGGUAUUGGUAUGCUCUACAGCAUGGGUGCCGAGGAGCUGCCCAGUGUUAUCGGUGCCGGUGUCAGCGGUCCCACAAGGAAGUAA